AUGUAUCGGCCAGUGUCAGCCAUAACCGAUCAUGGUGGACUCCCCACUGAAAGUGGAGAUACUGUUGUGACACUUGACCAAGUUCCUCGAUGGAUUGAUGGUGAUUUAAGAUAUUCUGAUGAAAUUGAAGAUCCCAGUUCACAUUUUCCAGACCCUUUAGCUUCAUCAUCUGAGGCAGAGAGUAGUGAGACAGGAAUUGUUUCAAGGUUUCCAGUUGAUCAUGAAGUUAACUCAAAGAUUUAUCUGUGGAGAGGAAACCCUUGGAAUAUGGAGGUUGAUGCUGUUGUCAACUCCACAAAUGAGAACAUGGAUGAAGCACACUGUAGCCCUGGUUUGCAUGCUGCAUCAGGGCCUGGUCUUGCUGAAGAAUGUUCAACACUGGGUGGCUGCAGAACAGGGAUGUCUAGAGUUACUAAUGCAUAUGAUCUACCUUCAAGGAGGAUCAUACAUACUGUGGGGCCUAAAUAUGCUGUAAAAUAUCAUACAGCUGCAGAAAAUGCUUUGAGUCACUGCUAUCGUUCUUGUCUAGAACUUCUCAUUGAAAACAGACUUCAGAGCAUUGCUAUUGGCUGUAUAUACACAGAAGCAAAAUAUUAUCCACGAGAACCAGCUGCACAUGUAGCAAUAAGAACAAUUCGCCGGUUUCUUGAGAAACAAAAGGAUAAAAUCACAGCAGUGAUCUUUUGUACAACUACAGCAAAUGAUACUGAUAUAUAUAAAAGAUUGCUUCCACUCUACUUUCCACGUGAUAUAAAGGAGGAAAGUUUUGCAAUUAUGAAGCUUCCUGCUGAUGUUGGGGAUGAAAAUGGUGAAACUCUUAUAGAUGAAAGGAAAAUCAGAAUAAAAUCUUUACCCAAUGUGAAGAAGAGUGUUCCAAAACCUCGCAAAGCUCUUAUAGAUUUUCCAAUCAAUGAUCGUGGGUUGACCAGAAGGAACUCUUCAUCAUAUUUGGAUUCAUAUCUGGAUCCAGAUUUCAUGUCUCUAAUCAAGGAUCCAGAUCAAAGACGAAAAGAACAAUGGGAAAAAACAGCAAAAGCACAAAACGGGUUCAAAUUGGGUAAAAUUCUAGGGUUUGGUGAUGUUGGUGGGCCCCCACUUUCAACUGCUGAAGAGUACUCACUCCAUUCUAGAUACCUUGCUAAAGCAAACUCUAGGAAUCUUUCAGAAAUAGCAGAAAUGAAGAUUGUGUAUCGAGGGGGAGUAGAUAGUGAAGGUCAUCCAGUUAUGGUUAUAGUUGGAGCACAUUUUCUUCUUCGUUGUCUUGAUCUUGACAGAUUUGUACUCUACAUAGUAAAGGAAUUUGAGCCCUUGAUACAGAAGGCGUAUAGCAUUGUUUACUUUCACUCUGCUGCAUCUUUACAAGUGCAACCAGAUCUAGGAUGGAUGAGGAAAUUACAACAAAUACUUGGUAGGAAAAGUCAGCGGAAUCUCCAUGCAAUCUAUGUCCUCCAUCCAAGUUUUGGACUGAAGGCUGCAGUUUUCACAAUGCAACUCUUAGUAGACAACAUGGUGUGGAAGAAGGUUGUAUAUGUUGAGCGGCUUCUUCAUCUCUUCAAAUAUGUUCCUCGUGAACAGCUAACCAUCCCGGACUUUGUCUUCCAGCAUGACCUGGAAGUGAAUGGAGGGAAAGGGCUUGUUGUGGAUCCAAGAACAAAAUAUGUAUAUAAUCGACCCGGGGGAAAGUCUGAAAAUGUGAUCAUUUAAAUUUUUGGUAAUUUUGUUCUAGAAAAUGAUUUCCAUGUGAAUAGUUUUUUUGGUUGUGAUGUGUUAUUGCUUUGUGUAAGAGUUGUCUUGAGUAGAUUAGGUGGUAAUUGUGUUGUGUUUGUGCAAAAUCUUGAAAGUAAUUGCAACUAUUGUUUAUCUAGAACAAGAGAAACAGUGAGGUAGGUAGAAACGAAUUUCUGAUUAUGUGACUUAUAAAUAAAUCAUUAAGACUCUGGAUAAUAUGUAUUUCGACAAACAGAAAUGAAAAAAGGCCGGAACUUUGUUUCACAGCGGGUUGGAGAAUUCGGGUCAAAAAGAUAAUUGCAUUCCAGUCCUUAGAUUUUUAAAGUUUUGAUAUUAGAAAUUUGCC